GUUUUGGUAUAUACCAAAAAUAGUUUGACAUGGAUGUGUGACUGUGAUUGUAGCCUUACCUUAGUCAUGGAUGUUUGAUUGUAACAUGAUUGUAUUCUUUCAACAUGUGGCUAUGCAUGUUGGUGUAUUACUGACUGGACAAAUGCAAUGCCUGCUGCUACCAAGGUUGACAGCUGGCAACAUUCUUGCAAAGAUAAAAAAGUUUAGCAAAGUAAUUAAUUAAUUGCCUGCCUGCGCCAGUGAAUUGUAGUUGAUCAAGUCUUGUUUAUAUUUUUCCUUAAGUGAAGUGCUCUCAUAAAUACCUCUUUCUAAGUUUUUCCAGUUAUGCUAAAUGUAAUAACUUUUGUCUUGUAGAGUCCAUUGCAAUGAAAGCAUCCCUGAAAAAAGAUGCCCUUCCUAUCAACAUUUCUGUUGAGCAUUCAGGGGCUCACAGCCAAUGUACUUGGGCAGGCUUAGCAAUCGAGGUGCUCAUGUAUAUUCUGUACCAGAGACAGCAGGUUCCACUUCCUGUUCCUGUACUGUGUCGAGAGGUGACACAAGCACAACACCGUGGCAUUCACUUGCAUUCAGCUGAAAAUCAAAAAUGUCAUGAGAGAGAUGAUAGAGAGACCUCACAUCAGUCCACCUCUGAUGCCAAGUUAAAAUCACAUCUACAAAUUUCACGCAUGAAGCAGAUCAGAGUCAGACAGCACAGACUAUGGCUGAAAUACUUCAAUAAGGCUCAGAAAUUUAUAUCAACUUACCAAAAUAUUUUGAAGACACUGGAGCAAGAACUGGCGUGCACGAGCGACGUGAAGGCAGUGAGGUUUGCUCUGGGCUGCUCCUGCAUCACGGCAAAGGAGAUCUACACAAUACACUUCCCGGCAUGCACUUCUGCCCAGUCUUCCAUUAGUGCAUCCGUGCCAACUAAACUGAAUAACGUUACUAAACUCAAUCUUCUCAAGUCAAUCAUGUCAAGCCAAGAGUUGUUGAAGCUAGUCAACACGAGGACUGGUUUGAAGAAGGUGUGGGUUCUCCUCUUGAAGCCCAGUGGUUCUCUAUCAAAUGAAAGAGACGAUACCUGUUCUAAUACUUCUUGGAUAGACAGGGGCAACUAUGGUUUGGUGAGAGGAAUUAAAUCAGUGGACAUCAGAAUAAAUGUGGCAGUGAAAUCAGCUGACCUUGUACCCGCUUCAGAACGACUGUGUUCUCAAACUCCCAACAGGAGCUCUAGGCCUUGUGGCCGUCGCGUGCUGCAGUCCUUAGAGGAUGAAACCCCCUGUGGCUCUACAGUUCCAAUCGCGGGAGGAAAUUCCGUCACCGACGACAUGAAACAAUUCGAGAUCUUGCCCCUAGAAUACUGUGACAUUGAUACGUCUCCUGGUCACUUUUCCACUGCCCACUCCUCCAUUGCCGGGUCCUUUGCCGUGCCUUGCUCUCGUCCAAUUAAUAAUUCCAGGCCUAAUAUGGAAAUGGUAGAUGCGUCUGACAAUGAGUCGUACGUCAACUUUACUCCCAUUCGACCUGUAAAUUAUGACGUUGUAGACAUGAUAGAAACUCCAAUAUCAACAUUCCAAACUCCCGCAAAUAAUUUGAACAACGGGUGGUCAUUUUCGCACUCGUCACGCAAUAUGUCUUCAGUGCCUUCUACAUGCAGGAAAGAAAUAGCUAUGCGUGAGACACCUUUAUUAUCUGCCACUAGUAGAACGGUGUCUACCUCCAACUGUCCUGCAGUGCUUGAAACCCCAUUGCCAUCUUCAAGGUUUGGGCGUUAUUUCACUUUCGGGAAGACGACUUCGGUAAUUGAGACUCCUCAGAUGCUACAUAGUGAUAGCGUUACGAAACAGUCAACAUGCAAGAAGAAUAAGUUUAUAUACGAGACACCGCAGUCUUAUAUGAAAACUGGAAAUUUAACGAGGACUUGUUCAAAAGUGCAGUCAAUGCAAGAAACUCCCAUUCGUUCAAGCAAUACAUUCAAAGUGCAUGGAAAAAGCGUGGUUGGAACCGACUCCUCGUAUUUCAAGGCUCCUGAAGCAUUUCAUACUUGUACCAAAGUCAUACCUGUUAUUGAGACUCCUGUUGUUUGUAUGAACAAACCAAGUUCUCACAACUACAUCAAUAGGUUUGCGAGAAAAGGAAAGAAGCAACUAUGCCUUGAUGAUUCAUUCGAUGAACUUGGCUGUCAUCGCAUUGGUAACUUAAGCUCGAGCAUCAAUAUGGAAGACGAGCCUGUGAAGGGAGAACUGGCGAUAGUUGAGCCUGCGCGUAGAGCCUAUGAUGCCAACGGGUUUGAUGCAGCUCAUAACUUAGUGAUUACGAAUGUCUGCCAACAGAACAGUACGGCAAUCGAAAUUUGUUCGAAUGCGUCUGGUGCACAAGUCUGCAAUUGUAGUGAGAACUCUGUGCCGCUUGCCUCUAGUGCACAAAUAGAAGCCCACGAGGAAAUUGUUUCGAAUUCCUUCGAAUGUAAAGAAGAGAUCUGUGGAAAUGGCCGUUCGUCACUCGAGUGUUCUGUCGCAACGAACAAAAUAUUGAAAGACGAAGUCGACAAAGAAGAAGACCUGAUAUGGUAUCAGCUCUCUAUUCCGAUCGUUGGCUUCCUGGACAAACCAGUCGCCAAGCCCGUUGCAGAAUAGCGUUACUGUUAGCUGUCCGAACGAUGAUAGUCGUUUGAAUUCUCGUACCAUUCCCAAAUCAAAAGUCAGGUAGGAGGUAUCAGGUCCAUUUCCAUGGCUCACAAAAUCUGAUUCAGAUUCAUAAUACCAAAAAAAAUGAUUUGGCGCUUGUUCCAUAGCUCCGCUCCAUUUCUUACAUCAUUUGCAACAACUGCGACAGUUCGUUGUCUGGCCAUUGUGCUUGACAGUAUAUUCUCUUUAAAGCCAUAAUUCAAAGUUUAUGAUGUUUUCAUGAAAAUCAUAAUUUGUAUAGCUAAUAAUUUUCAGAGCUCCGACGACAAGUUAUGUCCUGAUAUGAGUUUCCUUAUGUUCCGUUCAGUCUAAUUUGUCCCUCUCCUGCCGCUGUGCUAUUAACUGAUCUGGUCUUGUGGACUUCAGUGCUGCAGGGCCUCGACUGCUUGCCGUUGAUGCUUUUUCGGAAUUUACUCGUAUUUAUGCUAAUACUUAAAUUCUUUUGAUCUCGUGUACUUUGUGCUGUGUUCUCUUUGUGGUAUUCUUGUAUUUUUGAGAUAUUUAUUAAGUUUUAUUCCGACCGGCUUUGUCCUCAGUGAAACGAACAAUUAUAUCUUGAUUAAAUUAAGGAAAGCGCUUGAGUUGCAUUUUAGAGAUUUAGAUUUAAUUUUGUGAGUUCUAUAGCUAUUUUUGCGCUAAAUUACAAGAUUUCUGGCACUUUAAUGAAGCAUUAAGAGGCCUGUAGUGUGCUGCCUUAAUAGACUGUUCCUCAAUGUCGAAGUAGACUGUGCGACUCGCUCACUUUCGGGGCAUCUUGCGCUUUUCAUUUUCAAGUUUUCUUGUCCUGGAAGAAAAAUUUACUGAGCCUCGGGAAUGUGCAGCAUGUGUAACGACACGCGAAAAAAUUUCUCAGCAAUGCAAGGAACUCUCCUUUUACCAAUAUAGUUUGUUUUGAAUCCAAGACGUUGGAUUGAAGGCUUUCAACCGGAUUUCGCAGGUAUGACAGAUGUUCAUUGGAUCAUAUUGGGCAUAAUAAUUGAUAUAAAUGUGUUAAUACCCGUGUAUUUAGUUGGUUGCUAGUUGAAACUUGUUUAUUCAAGUUGCCAAGUGUGUAAGAAAGCCUGCGCGCAUCAUUACUCCGGCUUCAUGUAACACGAGUUAAUUAAACCUACUAACUUC